AUGGGCCCAGGCCUUCCCAUUGUGCUGGGAUGGGCCAGGCGGGUCUCACCUCAACCUAAGAAGGCUGUUGUUGAACAGGGUGGGAAGCAGAUUUGGCGGGAUGGGGCGUUCGGAGCAAUGACUCGGUACAGCACCAAUAAAACGAGAGCCUUCGCCAUCCCAUCCAGCAGCUUAGGCAUCUCCCACCAGUCAGAGGUCGAGCGGGGUUUUGGGCAGCAUGGGCGCAAUGUGUCCCAGGGCGUUCGCUGCCCUGGCCCGGCUCGGGAGCCUGUAGACUGCGUUAAUAUGGUGAGAACUCCAACACUCGACACGGAUGUAGAUCAGCCAGAUAAUCAUAAUACGUGCUACUCUGUGUAUGUACAGUACAUUGUAAUCCCCAUCCGCACCACCUAG